CAAGCUGCUCUGAGGUACAGUAGCGGAGGGAGGAGGAGAAGGUAGAAAAAAAGGGGGGGAAGGGGGAAGCUCCGCUGUGUUCUUUCAGUUUUGGGACGACCUCGCCCCCCCUCCUUUCACCCAACCUGUGGAAGGACCAGAUUCAAAUUUCUCGCUUCUUGACCUCGAGGCAAAUACUCGCUCUUCCUCACCUCUCGCAUCUCCCCCGCCACCCCCCCCCCGCAGCUGAAGUUUUUGGGGUGCGAAGACUUUGGAGUCUUCGUUUGUGUGUGUGUUUAUGUGUGUGUGAAAAUCACCUGGAGGGUUGUUGAGAGCUCGGAGAGAGCCGGGCGGGGGGGUGGGAGUCAAAGAAAAGCAGGAGGAAGGAAGGGCCGGUGCAGGCGCUGCCGCUGAGAGGAGUUCCAGAGCCAAGGGGGUGCCCUUGACAAGCAGCAUGCAGAAAUGUCAGAAGAGGCAGAAGUGGAUGUGAGAGACAUUCAGAGACACACAGAACGAAAGAGGGCAAGAAGCUUGACUUUAAGAGACUCCUGCAGUGACAACUCCAUGCAGUUCGGAACAACAAGAGCGGCAACAACCGAAUCGGGUUUCAUGGGGACAUGGCAGAACGCUGACACUAACCUCCUAUUCAGAAUGUCCCAGCAGGCAAUACGCUGCACAUUGGUAAAUUGCACAUGUGAAUGUUUCCAACCAGGGAAGAUAAACCUGAGAACCUGUGAUCAGUGUAAACAUGGCUGGGUGGCACAUGCUUUGGACAAGCUUAGCACUCAGCAUUUGUACCAUCCAACUCAAGUGGAGAUUGUACAAUCCAAUGUUGUGUUUGACAUCAGCAGCUUGAUGCUAUACGGUACUCAGGCUGUGCCAGUAAGACUGAAGAUUCUGCUGGAUCGACUGUUCAGUGUAUUGAAACAGGAAGAGGUACUGCACAUCCUCCAUGGUUUAGGCUGGACUCUUCGGGACUAUGUUCGGGGGUACAUCCUUCAGGAUGCUGCAGGCAAAGUGCUGGACCGCUGGGCCAUCAUGUCCAGGGAAGAAGAGAUUAUUACCCUUCAGCAGUUUUUGAGGUUUGGAGAAACCAAAUCCAUUGUGGAGCUGAUGGCAAUUCAAGAAAAAGAAGGGCAGGCAGUCGCUGUUCCAUCUUCAAAGACAGACUCAGACAUUCGGACUUUUAUUGAAAGCAAUAAUCGAACCAGGAGCCCAAGUCUCCUUGCUCACUUGGAGAACAGCAACCCUUCCAGCAUUCAUCAUUUUGAAAACAUCCCAAACAGCCUAGCAUUCCUGCUACCAUUUCAAUACAUAAAUCCAGUCUCUGCUCCUCUACUGGGCUUGCCUCCGAAUGGGCUCCUGCUGGAACAGUCAACGCUGAGACUGCGUGAGCCAAGCCUUUCAACUCAAAAUGAAUAUAAUGAAAGCAGUGAAUCUGAAGUUUCCCCAGCACCUUUCAAGAAUGAGCAGACCUCCAGCAGGAAUGCCUUGACCAGCAUCACAAAUGUAGAGCCCAAAACUGAGCCAACUUCAGUUUCCCCUGUUCAGACUUCUACCCCAGUCAGUGAUUUAUCCAAACCCGAACAUACAAAAAGCUCUUUCAGAAUUCACAGAAUGAGAAGGAUGGGAUCAGCAUCACGAAAAGGGAGAGUAUUUUGCAAUGCAUGUGGGAAAACCUUUUAUGACAAGGGGACCCUAAAAAUCCACUACAAUGCAGUCCAUCUUAAGAUCAAACAUCGAUGUACUAUUGAAGGUUGUAACAUGGUCUUCAGUUCACUUAGAAGUCGCAACCGCCACAGUGCUAACCCCAAUCCCCGACUUCAUAUGCCCAUGUUAAGAAACAAUCGAGACAAGGAUCUCAUCCGUGCUACAUCUGGUGCUGCUACUCCUGUUAUAGCAAGUACAAAGUCCAAUCUAACAUUAACGAGUCCAGGACGACCUCCAAUGGGUUUUACCACUCCCCCAUUAGAUCCUGUGUUACAAAAUCCUCUUCCUAGCCACCUCGUAUUUCCAGCUUUAAAGACUGUACAGCCAGUUCCUCCUUUUUACAGAAGUUUACUUACACCUGGGGAGAUGGUGAGUCCUCCAACAUCAUUAUCAACUAGUCCAUUAAUGCCAGCAACUGGCACAAUAGAACAGUCUUCUCUCCCUUCAGAAUCAACACUAUCUACAGGGAUGAUGCCCAGCCAAGAAACAAAUGCUGACCUUGCCCCUAAGAAAAAGCCACGAAAGUCAAGCAUGCCUGUAAAAAUAGAGAAGGAAAUCAUUGAUACUGCUGAUGAGUUUGAUUAUGAAGAUGAGGAAGUUAAUGAUAACAGAAGCAUAGCUAAUGAUGGUGGUCAUGACAAUCAUUGCCAUUCUCAGGAGGAGAUGAGCCCUGGGUUGUCUGUGAAGGACUUCUCAAAAAAUGGGCAAAACAGGUGCAUUUCAAGGACGGAGCUAAGAAGGACAGAUAGUAUGACAUCAGAGGACCAAGAGCAUGAAAGAGACUAUGAAAAUGAGUCUGAAUCCUCAGAGCCAAAACUGUGUGAGGAAUCCAUGGAAGGGGAUGAACACACAUUACAUGAAAGAAGUAACAAGUCUAUGUUAAACCAUGAAAGACCAGAUGAGAACCACCAUGAUGCUUCCCACCACAGUGAAGUUAAAGUCAAGGAAGAGUUUACAGACCCUACAUAUGAGAUGUUUUACAUGAGCCAAUAUGGACUUUAUAAUGGAGGCAGUCCCAGCAUGGCUGCUCUCCAUGAAAGCUUCGCUUCAUCAUUCAAUUAUAACAGCCCUCAGAAAUUCUCUCCAGAAGGCGAUUUGUGCUCAAGUCCAGAUCCCAAGAUCUGUUAUGUGUGCAAGAAGAGUUUCAAGAGUUCCUAUAGCGUGAAACUCCAUUAUAGGAACGUUCAUUUAAAGGAGAUGCAUGUCUGCACAGUGGCUGGCUGCAAUGCUGCUUUCCCCUCCCGAAGAAGCAGAGACAGACACAGUGCUAACAUAAAUCUGCACCGUAAACUGUUGACCAAAGAAUUGGAUGACAUGGGACUGGAUUCCUCUCAGCCCCCACUUAGCAAGGACCUCCGUGAUGAAUUCUUGAUGAAGAUCUACGGUGCUCCUCCUCAUAUGGGUUUUGAUCUACGGGAAGACACCUCCUCCCCAGCAGGUACUGAGGACUCCCAUUUGAAUGGAUAUGGACGGGGCAUGUCAGAAGAAUACAUGGUGUUAGACCUGAGCACCACCUCCAGCAUUCAGUCAAGCAGCAGCAUCCAUUCUUCCAGAGAAUCUGAUGCAGGGAGUGAUGAGGGCAUCCUCCUUGAUGAUGUGGAUGGGGCGAGUGACAGUGGGGAAUCAUCACACAAAGCAGAGGCUGCAGCCUUAGGGGUCGGCCUAAGUGCCGAAGUCCCGGGAUCUCUCAUGUUUAACAGUGUUUCCAUGAACAAUGGGGGGAUCAUGUGUAACAUUUGCCACAAAAUGUACAGCAACAAGGGGACUCUCAGGGUGCAUUACAAGACUGUACACUUACGUGAAAUGCACAGAUGUAAAAUCCCCGGAUGCAACAUGAUGUUUUCCUCGGUCCGUAGCAGAAACCGGCACAGUCAGAACCCUAACCUGCAUAAAAACAUUCCCUUCACCUCACUAGAUUAGUUCAGAGAUGGACAUGGUCAGAAGUAAGACCGUAUGCUUCUUCAAAUUGCCAUUUACAGACUCUCCUAUAAAUAUAUAUAAAUAUAAAUAUAUAAAUAUAUAUAUAUAUAUCUUUUUUCUUUUUUAACAAAACAGAAAAACACCAGGUGCUUUCUCCCCCCACCCCCUUUUUUUCCCCCUAAUUUUUGUUCCUUUGUUUUGUUAAUUUUUUUUAUGUUAUGUGGGUUGGGAUAGUAUCUUUAACCUGGGAUAACAUUUCCACUGCUUAAAAAAAAAAUGAACAAACUUGCAUUUUAAAACUCACUUUUGUUAUAAAAUAUGUGGUCAUCUCCAAAGAGACUGUUUCUUCCGCCUAUGACUGUUGCCUGCAAUCUUAGAACAGGAAAGAGAAAAAACAGAAACAAAAACAAAAACGGAAACCCCGAAAAACAAAGCACUGCAAAGCUAUAAAAAUAAGAGAGAGAAAAAGGACAACUUCAGUUGUUUUUGUGUGUUUUAAACCUUUGAGAGGUCCGUCAACUACGCAUGGCUGUUACACUUGUAUAUAUUGAGCCUUGAAAGGCCCAUGAUGUAAAACAAUUGUAUUGAUGGUGGUUUAACCUUCUGUUUGUUUGUUUGUUUGUUUGUUUGUUUGGGGUUUUGUUUUUUACAUUUACAUUUACAUCCAGC